CUGGAGUGUGACCUCACGAGACGUUUAGUGUGGUGUUAUGGGGCCCCACCUUGCCCCUCAUUGGGAGUAGUUUUACAAGGUCAUGUUGUCAUUGGACUCUUUUGACUGUGUGGUCACCGUAAUGUCUGUUGAUUUAUAAGUGUUCAUAUUGUGAGUAUAUGUGCUGACGGUCACGUGUUACGGCUGGUUUGUUUUGUUUCUAGGAGGUAGCUGUGGACCCUCUGCUGAAGCAAAAUGUCCCUUGACAAUGUUGCUAUCAAUGCAGACUAUUCGUGGGAUGCCGGAGAACGCGCUCGCCUGCUGCAGAGCCCCAGCGUGGUGACUGUCCAAGAGCCAAGGCGCUUUGCCAGUGGAACAACUCCUGCGGGCGCAGUCUUUAUAGUGGUGAAUGCUGCGCUUGGUGCUGGGCUGUUAAACUUUCCUGCUGCAUUCAGUGCAGCUGGAGGCAUCACUGCUGGAAUAUCCCUGCAACUGGUGAGUUCGUAUGAUACACUGUGAUCUGCUGCUACCUAUCUCUUGUUGCAAAGCUUUACGUGAGAAUCAGAGAAAACAAUGUUCAUGGUGUGAAAUAAUGAUAGGAAUUAUCUAGAAGACAGGUUCUCAACCAAGGUGCACACGCACGCCGCAACAGGGGGUAUGCUAAAAGCUGGCUGGCUGGCUGUGCACUUAGGCUGGCUGGCUGUGCACUAAGGCUGGCUGGCUGUGCACUAAAGCUGGCUGGCUGUGCACUAAGGCUGGCUGGCUGUGCACUAAGGCUGGCUGGCUGUGCACUAAGGCUGGCUGGCUGUGCACUAAGGCUGGCUGUGCACUAAGGCUGGCUGGCUGUGCACUAAGGCUGGCUGGCUGUGCACUAAGGCUGGCUGGCUGUGUUCAGAGGGUUAUGACGUCACUCUGACCCCGGCACCACUAAACAGCGUGCGAGGGAGCAGUUCUAGAAGAUCACGAAGAUGACCGCAGCCACACUGGACCCCAGCGAAAGGAUCCACUCCAGCUCUCCCAGGGAAUGAGACUGAUCUAGAAUAAUGAUCACAGUGUAGAAGGUAUUAAUAAUGAGAACGAUCUAGAAUACUGAUCACAGUGUAGAAGGUAUUAAUAAUGAGAACGAUCUAGAAUACUGAUCACAGUGUAGAAGGUAUUAAUAAUGAGAACGAUCUAGAAUAAUGAUCACAGUCGAUCUAGAAUACUGAUCACAGUGUAAGGUAUUAAUAAUGAGAACGAUCUAGAAUACUGAUCACAGUGUAGAAGGUAUUAAUAAUGAGAACGAUCUAGAAUACUGAUCACAGUGUAGAAGGUAUUAAUAAUGAGCACGAUCUAGAAUACUGAUCACAGUGUAGAAGGUAUUAAUAAUGAGAACGAUCUAGAAUAAUGCUCACAGUGUAGAAGGUAUUAAUAAUGAGAACGAUCUAGAAUAAUGCUCACAGUGUAGAAGGUAUUAAUAAUGAGAACGAUCUAGAAUACUGAUCACAGUGUAGAAGGUAUUAAUAAUGAGAACGAUCUAGAAUACUGAUCACAGUGUAGAAGGUAUUAAUAAUGAGAACGAUCUAGAAUACUGAUCACAGUGUAGAAGGUAUUAAUAAUGAGAACGAUCUAGAAUACUGAUCACAGUGUAGAGGUAUUAAUAAUGAGAACGAUCUAGAAUACUGAUCACAGUGUAGAAGGUAUUAAUAAUGAGAACGAUCUAGAAUACUGAUCACAGUGUAGAAGGUAUUAAUAAUGAGAACGAUCUAGAAUACUGAUCACAGUGUAGAAGGUAUUAAUAAUGAAAACGAUCUAGAAUAUUGAUCACAGUGUAGAAGGUAUUAAUAAUGAGAACGAUCUAGAAUAUUGAUCACAGUGUAGAAGGUAUUAAUAAUGAGAACGAUCUAGAAUACUGAUCACAGUGUAGAAGGUAUUAAUAAUGAAAACGGGGGGGCGGGGCCUGACUGCAGAGCUGAGAGGACGCUUGCCUCCAUAGCUCCGGCUCAAGGGGACACAUAAAGCGACGAAAAACACGUCAAAUAACGAAAAUUGGCAAACAAAGGCCACCCAGCAACAGGGGAUAUCGGGGAGCACACACUGAUACUGCCCAAGCGACAUUUCAAGCGACACGCACCCAACACCCUGAUGCGGCCUACCAGCAUGGUGAGUGCGGGAGAGACGGCCGCUCUCCUGCCGCCAAGAAUGCCUGCAAGCACAAUCAAGAACCCACGCCUCCCCCCCUAUGGCCCGGCGGGGGUUAUCCCGGGCCGCUGCCACAAGCAUCCCUGGAUAAGCAGCGCCCAAACGAGCCUCACGCAAAGCCAGCUGGCAAAUCCCGUGGCCCACAAAAUGGCAGACGACCGGAGCACCGCGGCCUUGCAGCACGCCGACACAGAAACGGAGGCUAGACUCGACUACAUAUUUGGCCUUUUUUGGGAGAAGCUAGAAGCGCUUAUGGGGCCUCAGGAACUGAGGGAGCAGCCUGUCUGGGCACAACAGAACCUGACUCAGAGGUUCAGAAAGAGGGAAGUGGAAAACCCCCAAAACCCCACUCCAAACACAGGCAAGCGUUGGCACAGGGCCACCCUGAAAACCAUAGCUCAACCUACAAUGAAGCCUGCACUGAGGCCUGCACCGAGGCCUAUACUGAUGCCUGCACCGAGGCCUAUACUGAUGCCUGCACCGAGGCCUACACUGAUGCCUGCACCGAGGCCUACACUGAGGCCUGCACCGAGGCCUACACUGAGGCCUGCACCGAGGCCUACACAGAGGCCUGCAACAACGCCUACAUUGAGGCCCACACCAAGGAAAGCACGUAAGAGCCAUCCCGAGAAGAAACAAAGAGGGGGAAUGCAGAAAGCAUCACGACUUCAAAAAAGCCGCCACGCAACCCACAAACGCUUAACUGAAUGCCAAUCCAUGCGAAGACGUGGCAAGUGCAGCCCACACCAUCCGGCGGUGUGGGAAACCCCGUCCACGAGCAGAUCCCGAGCCACUGACCGUGUCACCGACAGCUCUCAGAUGCGGGAGAACCUGGGUCUGGACUGUACUAGAGACUGUAGCUGGUGGGGUAGCUAUGCGGGGACAUUGUCAUUUAACACACCACCACAAAGGCAGCAUGGGUUAGUGGGCAUAGGCUGACCACCCCACUUGAGAGCAGGAUUGGGCUACUACUCCCUUUAGGUCCCAGGUCUCAUACCGGGCAAUGUAGUGUACCCUGAACCAACAUUCACCCACCUUAUACUUCUAAAUAUUGACUACAAGUCUGCUUAACAACCUAAGUUGUCUCUCUCUGAGAUUUAAUUUUUUCUUUUUGUCUUUUCUUCCAUUUUCUCCACACAGUUGGCACCGGUGGCAACAUAACCUGUGAUACUUUAGCAUGAUCUAUAUAGCCACCUCUCCACCUACCAUAGAGCCUAGAAAGAUUUGCAUACUCUGAGAACAGACAUUACCGUUUAGCUCUAGGAAAGUUUCACUAAGCCUGUAACUAAUCUUAUCAUUGCACCUUUUUACUCGUGUUUAACUUAGCAUAAUUCUCAUGUCCUGUUUACCAACCUGAUUCAGCUAUCUAGGUGUACUUUAACUGCCGGGAUCAACAUGUCUUGCUUGUAGAAAUCUUAAUGUUCUUCAUAUAUGAGUAUAUAAAUUGUCUCUCCACUACCAUUUUGAGAGCUGCAGUGUGAAAUAGACCCCAGUGGUAACAAGCUUUUAUGUCUCAUCUAUACCAUGCCUUGUUUAAGCUUCACUAGCAUCCAACAUGUCUAGCUUUUAAAAUUUUCAGCAAUACUGCUCCUUUUAUUGCCCCAACACGUUGCAUGCUCUUGCUUUGUCUUCCGGUAAUUGCAUAGCUAGCCAUGGUGAACCAGCUUGACGUAUACCUAACUGUUUUCUUCUUUUACCUUAAAAAAUGUAUGCAAACCUAACUAGCCACACACCUGUUAUAACUAUGUUCAUUGAGCCUGCUACAGCUGUUGUGGCGAGACAGGCACUGUUGUAAUUUACCGCAUACCAAAAAUAAAGAAUUAUAAAAAAAAAAAAAAAUAAUGAAAACGAUCUAGAAUACUGAUCACAGUGUAGAAGGUAUUAAUAAUGAGAACGAUCUAGAAUAAUGAUCACAGUGUAGAAGGUAUUAAUAAUGAGAACGAUCUAGAAUACUGAUCACAGUGUAGAAGGUAUUAAUAAUGAGAACGAUCUAGAAUACUGAUCACAGUGUAGAAGGUAUUAAUAAUGAGAACGAUCUAGAAUACUGAUCACAGUGUAAUACUGAUCACAGUGUAGAAGGUAUUAAUAAUGAGAACGAUCUAGAAUACUGAUCACAGUGUAGGAGGUAUUAAUAAUGAGAACGAUCUAGAAUACUGAUCACAGUGUAGAAGGUAUUAAUAAUGAAAACGAUCUAGAAUAUUGAUCACAGUGUAGAAGGUAUUAAUAAUGAGAACGAUCUAGAAUAAUGCUCUCAGUGUAGGAGGUAUUAAUAAUGAGAAUGAUCUAGAAUAAUGCUCACAGUGUAGGAGGUAUUAAUGAGAACGAUCUAGAAUACUGAUCACAGUGUAGAAGGUAUUAAUAAUGAGAACGAUCUAGAAUAAUGCUCACAGUGUAGGAGGUAUUAAUAAUGAGAACGAUCUAAAAUAAUGCUCACAGUGUAGGAGGUAUUAAUAAUGAGAACGAUCUAGAAUACUGAUCACAGUGUAGAAGGUAUUAAUAAUGAAAACGAUCUAGAAUAUUGAUCACAGUGUAGAAGGUAUUAAUAAUGAGAACGAUCUAGAAUAAUGCUCACAGUACAGGAGUGUUAAUGCCUUAUCUCACGGACAAAACUUUUUCCAGAAUUAAGCCUCAUGUAGGAAGCUCCACAUGGUAGCGUACAUCAGUCAUAAUUCUGUGUCUGUGGUGAUAAAACACAUUAUUCUAAGUAACUUCAUUAUGGAGCUAAACUAGGUAACUUUAAAUGUCCUGUUGCAACUCUCCAAAGACUCGCCCCUUUUCCCGUCCAGAGACUGCCCCUUUUCCCGUCCACAGACUGCCCCUUUUCCCGUCCAGAGACUGCCCCUUUUCCCGUCCAGAGACUGCCCCUUUUCCCGUCCAGAGACUGCCCCUUUCCGGUCCAUUCUCCUGUCUAGCGAUGGCUCCUUUCCCAGAGACUCACUCCUGAGACUGCUCUAUCCCAUGUCCAAUAAUGUAAUCCCAGUAAUGUACCAAUAGUAAUUCUACCAUAAUCUGUGAGACAGCCACUAUAUUGUAGGAAACAAGUAGCAAGUAAUCCAAGGAACCUGUCAGUGUCAUGUGACAUCUGUAUUUUUCAGUAAUUUCCAUUUACUAUUGAGUACAGAUUCUAGAUUUUAUUUUGAGUCUGGCAUAUUGCAGAUCUUGGUGGAACCAAACCUACUUUAAUCUGGCAGCUGAUUGUUGUUUGUGUGUACAGUAUUUUACAUAGCAAUGUUCCUGUGGUGUCUUUUGGUGUUUGUGUAGGUGCUGUUGCUGUUUAUUAUCAGUGGACUGGUUAUCCUGGCCUACUGUGCUGAUGCAUGCAGUGAGCGGACCUACCAGGAGGUGGUGCGAGGUGUGUGCGGACGCCAUGCAGGGGUGCUCUGCGAGAUUCUCAUAGCUGUCUACACAUUCGGCACCUGCAUUGCUUUCUUCAUCAUUAUAGGGGACCAGCUAGACAAGCGUGAGUUUCUCUGCUUUUGGCAUAUGUCCAACAGCCUUGUGCCUUUAUAACUUUCUAUGCACCACUCUGGGAGCAUGGGAUGUGUGGGUCUCUCUGGGAGCAUGGGAUGUGUGUGGGUCUCUCUGGGAGCAUGGGAUGUGUGUGGGUCUCUCCGGGAGCAUGGGAUGUGUGUGGGUCUCUCUGGGAGCAUGGGAUGUGUGUGGGUCUCUCUGGGAGCACGGGGUGUGUGUGGGUCUCUCUGGGAGCACGGGGUGUGUGUGGGCCUCUCUGGGAGCACGGGGUGUGUGUGGGCCUCUCUGGGAGCACGGGGUGUGUGUGGGUCUCUCUGGGAGCAUGGAGUGUGUGUGGGUCUCUCUGGGAGCAUGGAGUGUGUGUGGGUCUCUCUGGGAGCACGGUGUGUGGGUCUCUCUGGGAGCACGGUGUGUGGGUCUCUCUGGGAGCACGGGGUGUGUGUGGGUCUCUCUGGGAGCAUGGGAUGUGUGUGGUUCUCUCUGGGAGCACGGGAUGUGUGUGGUUCUCUCUGGGAGUAUGGGAUGUGUGUGGGUCUCUCUGGGAGCAUGGGAUGUGUGGGUCUCUCUGGGAGCAUGGGAUGUGUGUGUGUGUGGGUCUCUCUGGGAGCAUGGGAUGUGUGUGGGUCUCUCUGGGAGCACGGGUGUGUGUGGGUCUCUGUGGGAGCAUGGAAUGUGUGUGGGCCUCUCUGGGAGCACGGGGUGUGUGUGGGUCUCUGGGAGCAUGGGGUGUUUGUGGGUCUCUGGGAGCAUGGGGUGUUUGUGGGUCUCUCAGGGAGCAUGGGGUGUUUGUGGGUCUCUGGGAGCAUGGAGUGUGUGUGGGUCUCUCUGGGAGCACGGUGUGUGUGGGUCUCUCUGGGAGCACGGGGUGUGUGGGUCUCUCUGGGAGCACGGGGUGUGUGGGCCUAUCUGAAUUGUGUUAUGACAAAGUACACUAGGGAUAGGCAACAUUCUAGAUUUCACUUACUACGCUGUUAGCCUCUCGUGCAGCCUUAGUGAUGGUGAAAUCUGACUUUUCAACCCUCCUGUAAAUGAUAAUGUAAGAGUGUUUGGCCUUUAUGGGUUACCUGCUCACUCUUGUAUCUGUGAGUGCUGCACUCUGGAUGUUAUUGUGAAUUGAAUACCAUUAGUAAUGUUUCUGCACUAGACGUGUCUUACCUCCAAUUGUUUUCUUGUCUCCUCACCUGCUUCUGUUGGUGUAGUUCUUAGUGCAAUGAUGCACAAUGCAGUAGGGGGCAGUAUUCCAUGGUAUGCUGACCGUAAGUUCACCAUCACAGUGACAGGCCUUCUGUUUAUCCUGCCACUCUCCCUCCCAAGAGAGAUCAGUGUCCAGAAAUAUGCCAGGUAAGCACAUACUGUACUUUUAUAGUCUUGUUAAUUGUUACUAAAAACAAUCCCAGGACAGCAUAUUGGCAUUAUCAUAAGGCUUACUUUAGCUCAUCAUUCCACGUGUGGAUUCCUGCUCCCUCCUCUUACUAUGGUGUCUGUCCAUGUGUGGCUGCCCGCUCUCUCCUCUUAUUGUGGUGUCUGUCCAUGUGUGGCUGCCCGCUCCCUCCUCUUAUUGUGGUGUCUGUCCACGUGUGGCUGCCCGCUCCCUCCGCUUGCUGUGUGUCUGUCCAUGUGUGAAUGCCUGCUUCCUGCUCUUACUGUGGUGUCUGUCCAUGUGUGGAUGCCCGCUUCCUCCUCUUACUGUGGUGUCUGUCCAUGUGUGGAUGCCCGCUCCCUGCUCUUACUGUGGUGUCUGUCCAUGUGUGGAUGCCCGCUCCCUCCUCUUACUGUGGUGUCUGUCCAUGUGUGGAUGCCCGCUCCCUCCUCUUACUGUGGUGUCUGUCCAUGUGUGGCUGCCUGCUCCCUCCUCUUAUUGUGGUGUCUGUCCACGUGUGGCUGCCCGCUCCCUCCGCUUGCUGUGUGUCUGUCCAUGUGUGAAUGCCCGCUCCCUGCUCUUACUGUGGUGUCUGUCCAUCUGUGGAUGCCCGCUCCCUCCUCUUACUGUGGUGUCUGUCCCUGUGUGGCUGCCCGCUCCCUCCUCUUACUGUGGUGUCUCUCCACGUGUGGCUGCCCGCUCCCUACUCUUACUGUGGUGUCUGUCCAUCUGUGGCUGCCCGCUCCCUCCUCUUACUGUGGUGUCUGUCCAUCUGUGGAUGCCCGCUCCCUCCUCUAACUGUGGUGUCUGUCCAUGUGUGGCUGCCCGCUCCCUCCGCUUACUGUGGUGUUUGUCCAAGUGAGGCUGCCCGCUCCCUCCGCUUGCUGUGUGUCUGUCCAUGUGUGAAUGCCCGCUCCCUGCUCUUACUGUUGUGUCUGUCCAUGUGUGGAUGCCCGCUCCCUCCUCUUACUUUGGUGUCUGUCCAUCUGUGGAUGCCCGCUCCCUCCUCUUACUGUGGGUCUGUCCAUCUGUGGAUGCCCGCUCCCUCCUCUUACUGUGGUGUCUGUCCAUGUGUGGCUGCCUGCUCCCUCCUCUUAUUGUGGUGUCUGUCCACGUGUGGCUGCCCGCUCCCUCCGCUUGCUGUGUGUCUGUCCAUGUGUGAAUGCCCGAUCUUUGCUCUUACUGUGGUGUCUGUCCAUGUGUGGAUGCCCGCUCCCUCCUCUUACUGUGCUGUCUGUCCACGUGUGGCUGCCCACUCCCUCCUCUUACUGUGCCGUCUGUCCACAUGUGGCUGCCCGCUCCCUCUUCUUACUGUGGUGUCUGUCCACGUGUGAAUGCCCGCUCCCUCCUCUUACUGUGGUGUCUGUCCAUGUGUGGCUGCCUGCUCCCUGCUCUUACUGUGGUGUCUGUCCACGUGUGGCUGCCCGCUCCCUCCGCUUGCUGUGGGUCUGCCCACGUGUGGCUGCCCGCUCCCUCCGCUUGCUGUGGGUCUGCCCGCUCCCUCUGCUUGCUGUGGGUCUGUCCACGUGUGGCUGCUCGCUCCCUCCGCUUGCUGUGGGUCUGUCCACAUGUGGCUGCUUGCUCCCUCCGCUUGCUGUGGGUCUGUCCACGUGUGGCUGCCCGCUCCCUCCGCUUGCUGUGAGUCUGUCCACGUGUGGCUGCCUGCUCCCUUCUGUUGUGAAUAGGAGGUAUAUCGGUCCAGUUGGGGUUAUGUUUCUUCUCUCUCUUGCAGUUUUCUUAGUGUACUUGGCACAUGUUAUGUGACCGUCAUUGUGAUAGUCCGAUGUAUCUGGCCAAGCAGUGUGAUUCCAACGCGUGAUAUCCCAUCCAGGUAAUCCACCCAGUCAGCAUCAUGUGCUUGUUUGUGUAGCUUUUAGUUGUGCCCUCUGUGUUCACUUAUGGCAAAGAGAAAAACUGUAAUAAAUAUGUGCCAGAAGAAAAUAUAUAUAUUUAUUGAUUGUAAUGUUAUAUACUAGAAUUGCUGCAGUAUAACUGUAGGAUUCAUUUAUAAACAAUCAGCAAAUAUGACACGAAUCCCAUACAAUCCAAACCAAUCCGGUAAAUGGGUUCCAUGGUAUUUAAUCAAGCAUUGCCAUCUGACUCUGAUUAUUAAUUGAGGUUUAUCAGAGUCGUGCAUUAUAAAGGACAAAUUCUUCUUAUUUACUGUAAUUUUCCAUUUCCCUAGCUAUUAAUCAUGGCAGCAUAAACACAUGGGCUAGCUCACCCCCCUACAGCCGAUGGGACAGAAAAUAACGAGAGUCUUUAAAAAGAGGACCUGGUCAUAAGAUCUCCAGUCUGUAGCUAGCUCCACGGGAGACUUAAAAAAAAUCUAUCAAUGGUUGGGUAUUAUAUGAUGCCGUGAAAAUUAGCCAGGAAAAAAAAAUUACGGUAAGUAUGAAUACAUUUUCCAUUUCCCUGGCUAAUCAUGGCAGCAUAUACUAAUGGGAAUACCCAAGCUUUUAAGUCGUAGACGUAGAUGGCUGCAAAACAAGGCUAUUCAAACAUAAGUAAAUACAGGUACUUGUAAAUGACUCAAAGAUUGGACUGAGUGAGGCAUUGACAUCCAGUUUGUAAUGCCAAAUAAAUGUGUUCAAUGAAGUCCAAAUGCAGUCAGAAGGGGCAUUCCACACCGAAGCUCUCGAUGCUGAAACUGUUUGUGUUAGUGUAAUAGACUGACACUGGUAGGCUUUGGAGAUAGCCAAUACCACCAACUGUCUUAAUGUGGAGGCGGAGGCCGCUUACCCCUUCUGUGACCAAAUAGCAACACAGAGAGUCUAGAUGACUUUGAGCUGGUCUUCUCAAUGUAGAGCUUUUACCACAUCCAAAUUAUUAUUAUUAUUGCCACUUAUAUAGCGCCAACAGAUUCCAUAGCGCUUUACAAUAUUAUAAGAAGGGGGAUUUAACUAUAAAUAGGACAAUUACACGAAAACUUACCGGGACAAUACGUUGAAGAGGACCCUGCUCAAACAAGCAGUGUCUCCUCAUAUGGGAAGGAAGGAGAGGGAUAGAAUGAUGGUAACACCUCCUCCUUGUUCAGGAUGGAACUUGGAGACCACUUUCGGCAGUAAUAGCAUGAAAAACAACCUUGUCCUGCUGGAAAAUAGUGAACAGAGCUUCACAGGACAAAUCCUGGAGUUUGCAUAUUCUGAAGAAAGCGCUGCCAGUAGAUGAACCUUUUGAAACAAUAAUCACAUAGAAGGCUCUUCCAGUGGUUCAAAAGGAGACCUAGUCAUGGCAUGUAAGACUAGUGAAUUGCAGACAUAAACACCUUUAGUGGAGGUCUUAUCUUAAUUACUGCCUUCAUAAAUCGUACCACCAAGGGUUCCAAUGCCAAGUGGAUUUUCUGUUAAUGCGGAAAGUGCAGAGACAUCAAGGUAAUAUAACUAAGAUCCUCUACAAAGGACAAGGUUGGUGCAUUUACCUCAACAUUCUGUCCCUUGGACUAACUGACAAAAGCAUGGCAAAUUUUAUAGUAAGUAGAAGAGGUCAAAUACUUACAAUAUUGCAAAAGCAUCUUAAUGGCAGUAUCCUAUACACCCUUUUCUACUAGAGAUUCCCACUCACCAUCCAUGCCAUCAACCACAGUGCUUGUGGAUUUGGGUAGCGAAAGGGAACUUGAAUCAAUAGGUCUGGGUGGGCUGGAAGUUCACUAGGAGGCUCCCGAAUAAUCCGUCUCACUGCAGGGAACCAAGGUCGCUGUGGUCAAAAGGGAAGGAUUGCUACAAUCUCUGCCUUCUCCUGAAUCAAAACUGCUUAAAUCAGUGGAAUUGGAGGGAACAUGCAUGCCAGCAGGAUAUUCCAAGUCUGGGUGAGAGCAUCCUUUACUUGGGUUUGGGGAUUAUAGUUCCCAGAAAAUUAUGCCAGUACUUGAUUGUUCUAAGAAGUGGCCAUUAAGCCUGUCUGAGAUUUCACCCAGAUCUGAGUCAACUCCAAGAACACUUCAGGACAUAACUGCCAUUUGACUUUGUCCAUGGUCACUGGCUAAGGUAGUCCCCAAUGGUAUUAUGGACUUCUGGAAGGUGGACUGCUGAUAGGCCCUGGGUGUGUCUUUGUGCCCAAAUCUUUAUGGGUCUCAAUUUUUUUCAUUAAUAGGCAAAUGUGAGUUGUCUGUGUGAAUCCUUAUUUAUUUGCUCUCCAGAAGAUCCUUGAAAUGAAGAAAAGCUCUGUAAAUGGUUUGUAACUCUUAAGACAUUGCAUGGCAGCAUUGUCUCCUCUUUGAUCAACAACCCCUGGGUGACCUGGUCAUGGCAAUGUACUUCCAUCCUUGUGAGCUCAAGUCGCUUGUCACAAUUAGUACGUGUUCUGUCCAAGGGCUGAGAUGGAGCUUUACUGUUGAAAGAUCACCAGAGAUUGAUUCCAAUUCAUCCCUUCUUGUUAAACUGGAUUAAGAAUGAUUUUUGUGAGAACCUGAGAUGCUAUUGGGUCUAUCUGACCAGACCACUGUUGGAUGCUAAAAUGCCCAGCAGCUGCAUAUGUUUUCAUGCAGAUACUAUUUGUAGAGGUAGAAACUUUUAAAGAAAACUUAAAUCUGCAAUCUUUCCUGAGAUUGAGAAAUGGUGUUAAAGUGAUUCAUGAAGGUCUGCUCUCUUAACCCCUCUAUCCACAUUUACUUCAAGUUCCUUUACCCAACUCUUCAUGACUCUAGGUACUGCAGUAAGAACACCAGCUAGAUGGCAUCCUGGUCCAGCAGCUGUGUAUAUCAUGGACAAGUCUGCUUCCAACUUGCAGUAUAUUGGUUCGCGUAGAGAAGCAGAGCUGUCUAAACGGUAACAUGGUUUUCCAGGUGUAACGGAUCACCUGGCACCCCGAUUGGGUACCUCCGUUAAAGGAUGCUCCUAGCGCUUCAUGAGGACUCCAAGCACUGCAGCAGACACCACAACCACCGAAUCGGAGAAGCAUACGAAUGCUCGAAGUGCACCUUCGGCUCCCUGUGAUACAUACUGCCGCUGGGGAGGAAGGACAGCACCUCCAGCUCCCUGUGAUACAUACUGCCGCUGGGGAUCUGGGCCGACCGCCCAGCAUCCCUGUAGGGCCGGUAGAGAGACCGCCGUCCCAUCUCCACCUGCCAUCUGUGGGUCUUCUUUGGACCAGUCUGUGAGGUCCCUCGACUUUUGUGAGUAAGGACCACCUGCUUCUGCACUUGGCAACUCCGGCUGCUGCUGGGGAUCUGGGCCGGCUGCCCAGCAUCCCGGUGGAGAGACCUCGGUCCCAUCUCCACCUGCCUGUUGUGGUUCCUCACAGGACCAGUCUAUGAGGACCCCUUACAUCGGUUUCCUCCGGCCGCCUCAGGGGGAGACGGCUAACCUCCUCGGAUGCAGCCUCUACUCGGCUGCUGUAACACUCCUUCCGCUGAGCAUACUCUCUCUUUCGCCAGCCGGAAUUCUCGGUCCAGCCUUGUGUUUCGCUCGGCCGUGACCUAGUUCCAGAUCUCCCGGAGUAUCUCCAUGGAUACAUCAUCCCCAUACUGGGCCACUCGCUGCCUCACCUCGGCCAGCCAAUCAUCUUCAGAGCCAGAGCCUUCCAUACCUGUCUGCUCCCAGUCGCUGGAUACCUCUGCUCCCAUGGACGCUGCACGAGUGCUAGGUUUGCCCUCAAUUUGUAACUCCACGAACGGUGUCUCUGAGCUGCUUUACCUUGCACUAGGACACCAUCCCACCGCUUUCCACCAAUGUAACGGAUCACCUGGCACCCCGACUGGGUACCUCCAUUGAAGGAUGCUCCUAGCGCUUCCUGAGGACUCCAAGCACUGCAGCAGACACCACAACCACCGAACCGGAGAAGCAUACAAAUGCUCUCAAGCAUAUGAAUGCUGUAAACAGCUGAACAGGAAAAGCAUACAAUCAGCUUACACUCUUGGCAAUCAGCAUACAAACCAAUUAGCCCAAUAACGAGAAGACACUUCGUUUUGAGGGUUAAGCAGGAACACCCAUUGUACAGCGCUACGGAAUUUGUUGGCGCUAUAUAAAUAAUAAAAUAAUAAUAAUAACUGACUGUACUGGCACAUACAGCCUCUUUUAUUCACAAUCCACAAACAUAGUACUGCCCACAGGGUUUUGAAAUACAACCAGUCAAUCCGUACAAUACACACAGACACUCCCACACAAAAUCCUCCCCUCUGCCUGUGAUAUGAUUACUGAACACAAUGGGUAAUCUAAUUAUCACAGACAGAGAAAUACAGUUUCAUAAAACACAUCACAGGGACCCCAAAACAUGCAAUAACCCCAUAAAAAGUAUAUCCUCGUGUUAAGACACUCACAGCUUAAAUGGGUGAAACCGCCGUUUAGUUAAUCUUCCCCCUUUCAGAGACACAGGCUCUAUUGCAGUAGACCGCCAAACUCCCGAACGGAGUAUAAGGGAAUGCGGUAAACCCACAAACAAAGAAUCAGCCGAACUCCUUCCACGGCUAAAACAGGCGAAAUAAUAUUUCCAAGUAGCAAUUAGCAGUAGAAAGAGGGAAGUGCUCAUGCCAUUGUACAGAACACUGGUGAGACCUCACUUGGAGUAUUGUACACAGUACUGGAGACCGUAUCUUCAGAAGGAUAUUGAUACCUUAGAGAGGGUUCAGAGAAGGGCUACUAAACUGGUUCAUGGAUUGCGGGAUAAAACUUACCAGGAAAGGUUAAAGGAUCUUAACAUGUAUAGCUUGGAGGAAAGACGAGACAGGGGGGAUAUGAUAGAAACAUUUAAAUAUAUAAAGGGAAUCAACACAGUAAAGGAGGAGACUAUAUUUAAAAGAAGAAAAACUACCACAACAAGAGGACAUAGUCUUAAAUUAGAGGGACAAAGGUUUAAAAAUAAUAUCAGAAAGUAUUACUUUACUGAGAGGGUAGUGGAUGCAUGGAAUAGCCUUCCAGCUGAAGUGGUAGAGGUUAACACAGUAAAGGAGUUUAAGCAUGCGUGGGAUAGACAUAAGGCUAUCCUAACUAUAAGAUAAGGCUAGGGACUAAUGAAAGUAUUUAGAAAAUUGGGCAGACUAGAUGGGCCGAACGGUUCUUAUCUGCCGUCACAUUCUAUGUUUCUAUGUUUCAAUCCUCCCAAACACGAAACCAAGCUCCGUCUUGAGGGUAAAACAGGAAUCUGCUUUAUUGAGGGCUACCUGCCCGUUAUUUAUGCAGGUCUCCCACCUGGUGGACACUCCCCUAGGGGACCAGAUGGAAGACUGGGACAUAUAUUGUACAGUAGCCAAUCACAGUGGCUCAGGUUUAAACACUCCCCUUUACACAAGUAAAUCCCUCCUCUCUAUCCUGGAGAUAAUUGGGAAGAAAUCCAAUUAUCUCCAAGGAUUAUUAUUAUUAUUAUUAUCAUUUAUAUAGCGCCAACAGAUUCCGUAGCGCUUUACAAUAUUUUGAGGGGGGGGAUGUAACAAUAAAUAGGACAAUUACAAGAAAACUUACAGGAACAAUAGGAUAGAGGCAAACCGCCAUUUUACAUGAUACAUUAAAAAUGCAUAAAAAUACAUAACUAUAAAAAUACCGAAUACAUUUGAUUUGUGUAACAUAUCCCCAGAUAGCCUCGAUCUGAGCGCACAUUACUACCGAAUAGCAUAGACCCAAUGCACACAGUUCAAUCGCCAUGGAGUCAAAGUCUUUCACACUGUCCUUUCGGUAUACGAUUGACUCCAUGGGAUGGCUAUCUGGGUUAAGUCCAUUCGUAUGAUCCAAAGUCCCGAACGGACCGGCGUUCGUAUGCCCGAUGAUAAGAAGGGCGGUCGGUAGUUUCAGCGGUGUUCGGUAGGAAAAAGUGUCCGUUUAGAGUUCCAUAAGUUCUUCGUCAAACACCGCUGUUCAUUUGCGUGGUUAAAAUGGCCGCCGCCUCAUGGUCGACAUGUGAACGACGACCACCCUGCAUACGGAUAGAAUGAAGAGGUGUCUGCGGUUAACCACAACGUUCUAAUUGGGGCCAAGAGGUUAACCAGCAGCACACUUCUCUUCUGUGUGACCGUCCGUUUGGUAGUUUUGUUCAGCGUAACGUGCAAUAAACGAACAGGGACGUACGGGCAGGUAAUUCCACGAACUUAAAUGAAACAGACGAACCAGCAAUUAGUCUUUACACAGAUGGAUCUGUCACACCUCGGAACUGGGGGAUCUGGGUGAACCACAUAUCCAAAAUUCACCCAGAUCCGUUCAGUACUUUGGAAGAUACAGUUUAAUGCAGAUUCCGCAGAACAUAUAGAGGGUAAAUGAAAAACAAUUACUGUAUAAUGUGUCCCCUGUUGUAUAGUUUAAAACUACUGAACGAUGUCUCUGUGCACCAAAUACCGGCGAGAUGGCACCAUGUAGAAAAGUCCAAACAGUGUCUGUGAGUUAAAAUGGCCGCCACCCAUUGUUCUCACCAUGUGCUCCAUCCAUUGUUCUCACCAUGUGCCUCUGAUACAGGAAAUGGUGGCCACCCAGUAACUCCACAGUAUGUCCCCAGAUGGUUCUUAAAGGGGCAGCAGCAGCACAACACAAAUCCAUUAUGCCCAAAUCUUGUAUUUAAAGGGCCAAACCUCCCAGGGACCAUAAUCACAGGGCAAGAGGCUGGCAAGCAGUCCUCUCUAGGCACAAGUGGCGGGGCUGGUUCCGCCACAAGAAUAUUCACUGAACUCUAACUUUUAAGGUAAAAUUGACAAACUGGAAACAUUUUUUCUAUUUUGGCCAUUGUACGCCUUUUUAACUUUGUUCUUUGAUGUCUCCCCAGCCCAUCCACUUGGCUUGCCGUGUUCAAUGCAGUCCCAACAAUCUGUUUUGGGUUUCAGGUAUUUUACUCUUGUACCAUUCUUAUUUUGAAACACUCACUAUUACAGUGGUAUUUUUCUUAUGCCUUCCAUCUCGUGACACGUGGCCUUUUUGUUGUCCUUGUCUAUGCCAGCUAACAGUGUGUUUGUCCUUGGCAGUGCCAUGUGAGCAGUGUACCUGUGUACGGCAGUAUGCAGCAGCAGGACAUUAAGAGAUGGGGAUAUAUAGUGACCGUUGCCAUGUUCAUUGCAUUAUGUGUUUACACUGGGACAGGUGAGAACCAGCCUGGGGAGACGACACAUACUUUGAUAAUACAGUAUAGUUCCUGUUCAGUACAUGUGAUUGAACUCACUAUGAACUAUUUAUUCCGUCAAUGACAGAUCUCACAAAGCAAGUACUGGAUUUUCCUUUCUGUUUUUUGUAUCCCACACUGUUUUCUAGUCUAUGAUAUGAUUCCUCUAUUCUUGCCUUGGUUAGUCCAUCUUGCACACUGGCUAUUUUCCUGUAUUUGGUUGGUAUCUCCUUACCUUGCUAUUUAAGAGAAUCCUUUCUCUUCACUCAGCCCCUGUCCCUCCAGUUUUGUCCAUUGUGAUUGUACUUUCCGAAGAGUCCAUCCUCUGCUUUCUUCAUCGAUCAUCGCACAUUCUUGUACUUUCCCCCCCUUUUCAUCCUCUGCUUUCUUUUCCAUUCUCCUUUUUUGCUUUCUUUUCCAUUCUCCUUUUUUGCUUUCUUUUCCAUUCUCCUUUUUUGCUUUCUUUUCCAUUCUCCUUUUUUUGCUUUCUUUUCCAUUCUCCUUUUUUGCUUUCUGCUCUAGUCUGUCUUGCCUUCUUUACUUUUCAGUCACUAUUUGCUGGUCCCUGCUUUCUUUAAUCCCUUCCCUCAAUGAUCCAGUCUGCAAGUUCUGAUCUGUUUUUCCUAUUAAUACUGUGCUUGGUCUCAUGGCUGCUGAGUUAUUCUCCCAUUUUUCUUACUGUUGAUGCUAGUGUUUUGCGGUUAGCCUCCUCUUUGUGCCCCACGUGGCAUACUCCUCUGGAUAGUUGGCUGAUACCUCUCUAUGUUUAGGAGUCUGUGGAUUCCUGUUGUUUGGGUCAGAUGUAGAUCAGGAUGUCCUCCUAUCUUUCCCGUCUGAUGAUGUUGCAGUUGCAGUAGCACGGGCAUUCAUCAUCCUGUGUGUCCUGACCUCAUACCCCAUACUCCAUUACUGCGGCCGGUGAGUUCCUGUUCUAUGGGUACUUGUAUGUUCUGUGUUUGAUAGGGCUGUAACAUCCCAGCCAUCCAUACCCUAAAGCAGCGCAAUGAAUCACUAUUGUUCCUACACACAAACGCAUGUUUCGUUAUCAAAGUAGUGCAAAAUGUGAAUUUUACUGCAUAAAAUAAGAUAAUAAAUAUUAACUCUGCAAAAUCCAUAAUUCUUCAACUAGAUAGUCAGAUGGAAAAUGCUUCAAUCCACACAGAUAAAUGAAUAUAAUUUUGCUAUUGUGGCUGGGGCAUGCAGGGGGAGCCACUGGAUGUGUUUUCUACCUUUGCUGUUAACGUUUUCAUAGGGGAGGAGGUCUGGCUAUCAUUUUGAACACUUUAAAGCAGAGACGGGGCUUGCACACACUGCCCCUAGGAUAAAGGUAUUUUUUAAUUGUUACAAUAAAAAAAUAGUUGAGACCGCAUACAAUUCUAUGCAUACAGUUGGAACACAAAACUGCUGUGAAUGCUGAUGUAUGUAUACUGAGACUCUCUCCAUACAUACAAGGCAGAAAGGACUCCCAUUGAGUGAGAAUAUAAAAGACAAUUUCUUAAAAAUUGCCAGACCUCCCUAUUAAAAGUCCGCAUUCAAUCAGUUUUGUGUUCUGAUUGUAUGCAUAGACACAUUAGAUAGCGAGGUCCCAAGUAUUUUUUGUCCUAUUUAUUGUGUAAAUAGGUUUGAGGUUUUGUCCUAUCCAAAGGAGUGCUGCCCGUAGUGGUCUAUUGUGGUCAUUUUAGUUUUUAUGUCACUUUAAGGGGAAAGCCUCUGUUAUUUUAUGCUAUUCUCUUCUUCCCUCUCUCAUUACCAUCUGCGCUCCUAGUUUAUUAUUUUUAAUUGCUGUGCAUUCAAUUAGAGCCCCCCAGGUGUUGCUGAACUACAACUCCCAUGAUUCUCUGGCUAUCUGUGUAAUUCAAAGAAUCAUGGGAGUUGUAGUUCAGCAACAUCUGGGGGGGCCGGAGUUUGAGGACCCAUGUAUUAGAGUGGGUUUUGUUACACAGAAACUGACAUUAAAAUAUCUUCCAAUGUUAUUAUAGUAAAUCGCUCACAGUCCUGCAGGGAUGGCUAAAAAGUUUGGAUAGAUUUUCUGCAUAAUAUAUUCAAAGACUACGUUCUUUCUGUAACGAGUGUAGAAGAAUAAUGCUCAGCCUGCAGACGCAGGGAGGAAGUGACCACCAUGAGGACACGCAACGCAUGUUGUGCCUCGCAGGCAUUUACUGUGCUUGGUCCCUCUAUCUAUUUGCACCUUAUUCCAGUCUAUAAAAAAAGGUUCAAAUUACAUGUUUCUUUUCCAUUUAUUUUUCUUUCUGUUUUAAGGUAUAAAAAUAUCUUUCAAAUUGUGAACAAAUUAGCAUUAUAAAAAACCAACAUAAACAUUUUUUUAUGCAUAAUCUUUAUUUUAUUCAAAUGGUUCAAACUGAUAUAUUCCAGUUAAAUCUAUAUUUAUAUCUGUCCUGCCAGCUAACCUCCCCCAUUCUGUGUCCUGCCGGCUAACCUCCCCGUACUGCGUCCUGCCGGCUAACCUCCCCGUACUGCGUCCUGCCGGCUAACCUCCCCAUACUGCGUCCUGCCGGCUAACCUCCCCAUACUGCGUCCUGCCGGCUAACCUCCCCGUACUGCGUCCUGCCGGCUAACCCACCCGUACUGCGUCCUGCCCGCUAACCUCCCCAUACUGCGUCCUGCCGGCUAACCUCCCCGUACUGCGUCCUGCCGGCUAACCUCCCCGUACUGCGUCCUGCCGGCUAACCCACCCGUACUGCGUCCUACCCGCUAACCUCCCCGUACUGCGUCCUGCCGGCUAACCUCCCCGUACUGCGUCCUGCCUGCUAACCCACCCGUACUGCAUCCUGCCGGCUAACCUCCCCAUACUGCGUCCUGCCGGCUAACCUCCCCGUACUGUGCAUAGCCGGCUAACCUCCAUCAUAUGGUGUCCUGCUAGCUAAUCUCCCCAUCAUGCGCUGCUGUCACAGUGGAGGUGUAAUCCUGCUGUGUCAAGCUUCUCGUUUGCUUUCAUCCUGCAGAGAGGUGUUUACAUUGGUUGUUCAUGGGAAUGUUGUCAUUGCACAUAAUCAGCAUGGCUAAGAACACCACUUCUAAGCCAUUAAUGUCCACUCCGUAAAUAUAUCACAAGAUCUCAUUGAAGUGAUGGUUAUUGGCAAUUCCAAGAUGGGACACAUCCUAAUGUCUCACUGUUGUUUUAAUUUUGUGCAGGAGAGUGCCCUCUCUCCACACAGAUCUUCCAUGGCUGAUUGUUCAUUGUGAUUUCGUUUCAGAGCCGUUCUGGAGGGUCUAUGGCUUCGUGUCACUUCUCAGGAGUCUGGUGAAGAUCCUGGCAGAGAAAGAUGCCGUAGGAUUUUGCAGACAGGGACCUGGUUUUUGCUCACUUUGUUGCUAGCUCUCUUCAUCCCAGACAUUGGAAGGGUCAUCUCUCUGAUUGGGGGACUCGCUGCGUGCUUUAUAUUUAUAUUUCCCGGUCAGUAUGUUGGCUUUCACAGCUCAGAAUAUCUUGUCUCUUCAUAUACUAUAGAAGUAGUUUACUAGAUGGCUACAUUCAGAAUAUGUGUACACAAAGCCCUGAGUGAAAUCCUUUAGAAUACAAGAUAUUGUGUAUUGCUGUAGAAUAUUGGAACCCAGAAUACAUAAUUCAGUGAGAAUAAAGACCACGCUGGAGUGGGUGAAAAUGGGGAUUUACUAAUAAAAUAAACUUGUCUAUCCUGUGCAGGUCUGUGCCUCAUACACUUGAAGUGUUCAGAAAUCCAGGAACAGAGGAGCAGGAGGUAAAUUCUGUUAGUGUACACAGUGAUUUUUACAAACACUGCCGCUGUAGGUAGUUUAAUUGGCCGUCAUGGCUUGUUUUUCCCUUCCUAAUGCUUCUUGUACCUUAAUAAUCACACUCUACCCUUCCUUUAUAUUUUAAUCUCUUUGUUCUGAAUCUCACUAUCUGUGAGCAGCCAUUUUAUUCUCCUGUGCCCCGGAUGUCUCCACAUUGCGUUUCUGUAAAAUAGAUUUUAGGGAUUAUCACUGUUUCUGAUUGGUGUGACGUUUAUGACUGGGAGAGCAACUGCUAAGAUGUUUUAUGGUUUCCAUACUUGGAGUGCAGACUGUCUCUCAGUCCUUGUUGAAGAAUAGAUUGAUAGACGGGAGAAAUACUUAUUUAAAUAGUUUGUUUCCACAAUCUCUACAAUUGCUAGUAAAUUGUAUGUACCGUGACAGGGACACUUUAAUAGCUGGAUGAUUGUUAGCCAGUGAGGAUUAAGGAAUAUAACAUGGCUAUGCCGUGCCACUGUGGAUGAAAUCUCACAAACAUUUUAACAAUCAGCCUCCCUUUACUUAGAGCUGCUUCCCCCUAGCAGUCUAGAGGCUCUGUGCUAGCGCACUGUCUAGUAUGUGUCCAUGCGCUGCACACCAUGAAUGUGCGCUGUCCUGACAAUUCCUACUAAUAGCGCUCUGUCCUGAUCUUGCAGAUGGUGGGCAUUGGUCAGUUACGGUGUUACCAUGGUUACCAUAGGAGCCUUCAUCUUUGGACAGACCACCACUAAGGCCAUCUUUGUGGACUUCAUGGGAUGACCAUUGAGAUGCCGACUGUUGGAGAAACUAAACUGCCAGUGAAUACUUGAAUAUUACUGUUUAUUUAACACAUUCCUCCCCAUGUCCUCUACAGACGCUUUGUCAGUUGUUGAAUCAAAACUAAAAGGGAAAAGAACAGCUCUAGCAAAGCGCUAAAAACAAUCAUUAAUUGUGUGGACAAAAUGUUUGUAAUCUAAGCUUUGUACUGAUGUCAGUUGUUGUUUCUUUUCUAUCAACCUCUGUGUUAUUUCCUUUAGUAAAUGGCCAAUGUUCGAGCACAUCAGAAAUAUAGAAAUACCUCAGUUUGCUAGAGAAGCCUAUGUGAUGUCUGGUUUACCCUGGGGUGUUUUAAGUUUUACAAAUUUUCAAAGACUCAGCUGAGUGUAAAAGAGGACUUGACAAGAAAAAACACCCUACCAGUAUAGUAUAAUCUAGCACACUACCAUUGGACACUAUGGCAACAGAAAAACUCGUUAAUAUAUUUACUCUGUUGCACACUGUCCAGAUUUAUUUACAUUUAUUUAAAAGAUACCUGCUCCCAAACUAAUGUUGCCAGACCUAUAUUACAAUAAUGACAUACUUAAAGGAACGCUAUAGGGUCAGGAACACAAACAUGUAUUCCUGUCCCUAUAGUGUUAAAACCACCAUCUAGCCCCCCUGGGCCCCUCAUGCCUCCAUAAAUAUAGCAAAAUCUUACUGUAUUCAAGCCUGAAGUUGUAACUUUGCAUGCUGUUAGACUCAGAAAAACAAGCAGUCUGCUGACAUCAUCAGAAGUGGGGGCCUGAUCCAAUCACAAUGCUUCCCCAUAGGAUUGGCUGAGACUGACAAGGAGGCAGAUCAGGGGCAGAGCCAGCACGAUUCAAACACAGCCCUGGCCAAUCAGCAUCUCCUCAUAGAGAUGAAUUGAAUCAAUGAAUCUCGAUGAGGAAAGGUAAUGAUUCUACUCACCAGAACAAAUUCAAUAAGCUGUAGUUGUUCUGGUGACUAUAGUGUCCCUUUAAGGUUUAAGGAUAUUAUCAAACCCAUUAUUCAUAGAGGAGAAAAAUAAAAUAUAGAUACAGAAAACAUCAAAGUAUCUUUGGGGAGAAAAUAAGGAGUGUUAGCAUCGCAGAGAAAGAAUUGUUUACACAUUGUGAAACAUGCAGCAUGAUCAGUUACAGUUCAUGAUUUGUAUGGGGAAUAUUACAAUAUUGCACUUUUUGUAUGAUUCCAAUAAUUGUUGUGUUAGUUUUAGUCUCCUUAAAUUACCAAAAAUCUAACUAUUUUGUGCAUUUAAAUGUACAUAGUGUAACGUUGUAAAAUUUUAUGUAUCUUUUUAUUUUUACUUGAUAUUAAGUGACAUGACCAGUGUCUGCUUGCUCCCCGAUAAAAUCUACACCUAGCUAUCAUAUUAUAGCAUUGCACCUAUCAAUUAGUCAGGAGGCCUCAAAGACUAUUUAUUCUGGUCGUUUGGAUGUUAACAAACCAUAUAAAAAUCAAGCUACUGAUUUUAUAACAAUUGCAGGGCAGUUAUUAACACAAACAUGCCAAACCUACUCCCCAGGACAGGUGUUUAUCAUUUUUACUGGCUUCCAUAGUUCUUUCUCACUGAAGGUCUCUUUAAAUUGGAUCAAAGACAACCACUUUUCUAUCGUGUGAUCAUACUGUAGGCAGCCAUCUUGAAAUGAUCUACCUCAGUAUGACAGACCCACUUAAAUGCUGCUAUGACUCCCAGCAUAGGGGGUAGGCCUGGUGCUAUUGAUUGCUCUUUAACCUUGUUUUUAUUUGCUUUUUGUUUUUUAAAUCUUCAAAUUAUGUGCAAUAUUACUUUUCACUAAUAAAGGGAAUUUAAACGCUAACCCUGCUUCAUUUUUUGUCUCCACUUGAAAAAGCCAUCAUAGGUGAAACGCGUUGUGAAUAUUUUAUUCUGUAUUCGUAAUAAAGGUAUUCUGGAUACUUUUAA